GGUAGUGACCGUGGGGGAACUCCGAGCAAAAGAAGGAAAGAGAGAGAGAACUCCCCGGGGAUGGAAGCGGAGAAAGCUACGAACCCACCGACCAUAGAUAGUACGGCUAGCCGCCUGCCGACCACACCAGCAGUCACGCGAGGAUGUGAGGAACUCUGGAGCCUUAGGGAAAGGGUGUUGGGAUGGUUCGACCCAGAAGGUACUGCGAAGACCACGGAGGGACAGAAGGCCGGCAAGGAAGGGCCGGAUACCAGUAUGGCAGGCGAGGCCAGUAGCUCCGAAGGCGGCCUUAGGAAGAUAGCGUCAUCCCUUGUGCGAGCACGGAACAAAAACCAGGGCUACCUAGCGGACGCUAAGAAAAAGUCGACGUUUGACGGGGCGAACAUCACAGAGUUCCUGAUCGAUUAUGAGAACCUAGCUGCGCUGCUGAAAUGGACCGAAGAAGAAAGGAUGGACCACCUAGGACAGCAUGUGUCACUGAGCCUAGGGCGGGACAUAAUGGCCAUUGUGGCCGCGAGCCGGUCUUGGAAAGAGACUCGGGAUGUGAUGAUGAGAAAAUAUCUGGCAGCAGAGAAGAUGGCGACGGAGGCCGAUUUAGCGACAGUCCAGAGGAAGAACUUCGCAACGUACAAUGACUUCCUACGGGAGUUUACUUUGGUAGCACUAAGGAUCCCCGGGGUUACGGACCGGAUAAUGAGUAAGUACUUCCUCAGGCAGUUCUCCGAGUUCGACAAGGACAAGAUCCUGUCAGCUUACCAACAGACGAGCAAAUUCGUAAACACCAGGGACGUUGAUUCCAGUACGGUAACGGAUCUGGUCGAGAAGACGGUAGUGACCGAGACACUGGCCUUGCUUAAGGAAGGGGAGGUCAUAGAUCUGACCGGUAGGACACGCGACAAGGUAAAGAAGGGGAUUGAAAGUUUACAUGAACGGGUGCACGGAGUCGACAACAAAAUUGAAAGGGUGGAAAAUGCGCUACUGGUUAUGCAGGCACAAGUAUCCCGACCCGCCCUCCCUCCCCAAGAAGCUGUAGUUCCACCAGGUGUAGCCAAUCGAGGGUUCGGACGGAGGGAUCCUGCUAACGAGCAGAUCAGGUACUGCACCGCGAUGGGACAUUAUGUGCGCGCAUGUCCAAAACUCAACCAUGAUAUAUUAAAAAGGAGAUGUACCAGGUCGUUAAAGGGAGAGAUAUUCGGACCACAGGGAGAGCGGGUGAAUUGGAACUCGCCAGGGGGGAUGCGACGAGUUAUUAUCAUGCUCAAUGGGUUAGAGAUAGCAGCGGUAGAAGCUGAGCCGGUGGUCGAAAUCAUUUGGGAUCAACUUCGGGGCCGCGGGCCGCAGGUCAACUUCAUUUUGGAAAAUGACGGACGUGAUAGGGUGAACGCGACUACUCGGCUUGGGACGGCCGGAAGAAGGAUUAUCAGUGACACCGUGAUGGAGGAGGUUGCUAGAAGUUCUGAACCCCAGGCAGAGCCUGAAGCCGGGGAACCAGAGAAAGUAUACGGGAAGCCUAGGGAAGAGGAGCCUACGGACAAAGUCACCGCUGCUAAGAAGAAGUUUAGAUACCAAAUCCCGAUCUUAACUAUGCCUGAGAUCGAUGAUACCCUUAGCAAACUACUAGGGACCAUGGUGUCGGUGUCGUUCCAAACCAUGCUACAGACCAGCCCUAGGUUGCUCAAAGGGCUUAGACAACUGUUGACUCGGCGACGAGUAGAGAUAGACGAAAACCCCGAAGCACCGGAAGAAGAAAGGGAGGAGGAAGCCCCGCAAGAGGUCGCUAACCUUCAGAGGAGUCGCGGGGAUUUAGAGGAUCUUGAGAAAGUUUUUGCAGACAUCCGUUUGAGCUUACCAGACCGAGAAGGUGGCGAAGUCAUGAGGGCACCUCCUGGGACAAAGCUCAGUUUCCAUGCGCUACCCGUAGGAAAAUUGAAGAUUCAGAUCGGAACUCAUCACACCGACGCACUAGUAGACGGGGGAGAAGAAAUCACUCUCAUAAGGAGAGAUUUCGCAACACUCACAGGCUGUACGGUAAAUAAGGAAGUAACGGGGAGCAUCCGGGGAGCCGGUGGGGAAAUUCCGUUCGCAGGGUAUGUCACGAAAUGUGCAGUCAAGGCAGGAAUCAGGGAGUCAAUCUGGUCGUUUCAGCGGACGACCGUAAUGGAGGAAAUGGAUCACGACAUUAUCCUCGGGAGGCCAUGGUGCGCAAACGUAGAAAUGAUAGGCAUGCACUUGCACGAUGGCACGUACAUGGUAGAUAUAGAGGACCCAGUGACAGGCCGGGGUGAGCUCCUCCGACUCCUCGGGACGGGAGGGGACCCUCCGAAGGGGAAGUUAGCAACGUGGUCGCCGUCAUUUGAAGAUAGCGCACGAAAAGGGGCUUUCACACGGAUGGAGGGCAUGAGAGAAAGGGUAGAAAUUAUGAUUGAGGAGGCGUUCAACAAGAAGGAAUGGAUCAAGAUGGGCCUGCCCCAGAAGAAGAGGAGGCAGGAGGACGAAGUCUUAGGUGGUAUGGUAGCAGAGAAGGAGUCAGAAGUCGAACUCAGUGCCAGCCUGCCCAAACAGAAAGAAGUACGCCUGGACGUGCCGGAAGUCGCACUCGAGAUCUCGGACUUGUUACAACUCAUCAAGGCCCUCAGAUACCACAAGGUAGGAGUGGACUUGGCGGCCCUGGCCAAAUUCGAAGGAGAAGUGCAAAAGGGAUAUUGUCUGAAUGGGAAAUUAGUUACCGAAGCGCAACAAAGAAUGCUCGCCGUAGUCGGGGACAUGUUCCCAGAAAAGUGUGAGCCCUACAUCGAUGACAAUCGGAUCAAAGGCGCGCAGGAGAAGGACGAUACGAAAGUCCAGCCAGGAAUCCAAAAGUUUGUAUGGGACCAUCUACAAGACAUCAAAGACUUACUUCGCCGGUUCCUAGUAUACAGCAUCACGGCUAGUGGACCAAAGAGUAUUCUAGCAGUACUGGAGGUAACUAUACUAGGAUUUCGCUGCGGUGCUCACGGUAGGAAGCCAAAUUCGGCGAAGACAGACAAGAUAUCGCAGUGGCCAACACCCCUGCGGACGACAACGGAGGUAAGAGCAUUCCUAGGCGUGGUCGGCUUUUGGAGAAUCUUCAUUAAGAAUUUUGCCAGGAGUGCUGAACCUAUCCGGGCUAUCAUCAGAGAAGAAGGGACCAUGGACUGGACGGAGGAGCGAGAAGGAGCCGUCCAGACCCUCAAGGACAUUCUGACAUCGGAACAGGUCGCCUUGUCAGCACUCUUCUUUAAUGAUGAAGUAGGACGACCAUUCAUCCUAGAAACGGAUGGAGGACCCUUGGCCGUAGGAGGCGUACUGAUUCAACGGGAUGAGAAGGGAAAAGAGAGGCCGAUUAGGUUCGAAAGUAGAACCCUGAACUCCGCAGAGCGGCGGUACUCACAAUUCAAGAAGGAGGUUCUGGCCAUCUUGCAUUGCCUUAAGACCUUCCAGGCCUACCUAUUUGGGAGGCGGUUCAUCCUUAGGAUCGAUCCGACAAAUGUUGCAGGGGCCCUAAAGAAUUACAGGCCUAUAGAUCCGACGGUGGGGAGAUGGGCAGCAUUUAUCUGGCAGUUCGAUUAUAAGAUUGAACGGAUUGCGGGAGUCAGAAACAAGGCCGAUAGGCUGAGCCGGGUCUGCAUCACUCCCGAAGGGGUGGAAGAGGGGGAGCCCAUAGACGCGUUCCUUGAAUACGAAGGCGGAACUCUUGCGGUGGACAACGAAAGGAUGGGCGAGGAAUGCGCGUCGGGAGAACUGUUGAUCCGGACUUUGGAGAAGGGGGCACCUGCCGUAGUAGCCGAACUUAGAGAAGGACCAGUCACCACUCGAGGUCGUAAAGAGGAGAGAGAUUCAUGGGGAGCGAUAGUGGGACCAAAGGAGGAACUAAUAGCGAUGGCGGUUGAGGGAGGCCGGGAAGCCGUGAUGAGCUUAGUGGAAUCCUGGGAAAGGAAAGAGCUGCGAUGGAUGGUAAACCAGAUGCAAGAACGAAAGAAUGAGGACCAGGAAGGGAAGGAGUUUUUCUACGCUCAGAUAUACGAAGGGAUCUUUCGGGAGAUCGGGUUGUUGCUGGUAGGAAACAAACUACCUAUGGAGGUCAGCACUAAAGCAAGGGAGGAGGCCGAAAGGUACGCCCUAAAGGGGGGCCAUCUGUUCCGAAGAGAGGAAGGGGCUAUGCCUAUAAGAAUUGUGUGCGGAAGAUCUAGGCAGUUAGACGUUAUCCAAGCAAUGCAUGACGGACCAGCAGGAGGACAUCGGUCGUCCAAAGGAACUCUUGCAAAGAUAGUGCCGCUUUAUUAUUGGCCAGACAUGGCAGGCAUGGUCGCCAUAUACUGCCAGACAUGCCUUAUCUGCCAGGAACGAAGCUCGGCGCGAGUCUUCGAGCCGCUUAGACCUACGCGGGUGCUAGGGUCGGGGCAUCAAGUCCACCUUGACCUUGCGGUCAUGCCUGUAUCAACAGAUGGGUACAGGUAUAUUCUAGAUGCGCGAGACAACUUGAGCGGGUUCGUGGAGGCGAUCGCUCUCAAGAAAAAGACAGGGAGAAGUGUAGCGGACUGGACAGAAGACUUCUACUUAAGGCAUCCUUUCGUCAGGAGGUUUAUAGCGGACAAUGGGACAUAAUUUGUGAACCAAGAAGUAUUGGGAAUGCUUAAGAGACU